AUGUUGACGGAACCGUUGGACAUAUCGGAUUUAGAGUAUCGGAAACAUAAAACCUUUGACGCAGUGCGGCAGUACGCGAGAGGGAAGAGGCAUCAGGUGGCGAUGACAGAGCGAUGGGCGCGCGUGGAGGGUGAAAAGUCGGGACGCGGGUACGUCGGCUUUUACUCCAUGCAUCCGGGAUGGUGCGAGACAGACGGCGUCGCGACGUCUCUGCCAAGGUUCAACGAGCAAAUGCGGGGUAAGUUGCGGACGCCCGCGCAGGGAGCCGACACGGUUCUUUGGUUGCUGACGGAGGACCCUAAGAAGUUGGUUCCGGGUGAGUUUUACUUUGACCGCGCCGUCGCUUCAAAGCACAUCACAGGAGGGUUCACUCGAUACGAUCCGUCCGCGGUGGAUGCCCUGGUGCAGAAGCUCGAUACGCUCGCGACGGAGGGUAGCGUGCGGAGCGAGCGGGCGGGAUUACGAACGCAGAAUUCGUUUAACCACAUGAGAACAAAAUGA